UGGGGGAGAGCCUCCCCCUAUGAGCUCCGAUUGGUGGGACUCAACCUUGGUGAUUUCUGAUUGGCCUAAUGAAGAAACACCAAGGUAGGUUGCCUAGCGAUCCCGAGGAAGCUGAUGUGUUAUUCCUUCUCUGCAUCGAAGGAUCAGGAAGUUUGUGCUCUCUGCGUGGCUAAGUUUUUCACCUACUAGGACGGGGGUGGGGUGGGGGGAACAGGUGUCCUCCUAAAAUACAGCACAAGCUACAGCCUGCGUCCAGCCAUAACCCAGAAGUAACAUCAGAAACAGGUGAGAAUGACCACUUUAACUCACCGGGCCCGUCGCACUGAAGUAAGCAAGAACUCUGAAAAGAAGCUGGAAAGAGAGGAAGACAGUAAUCGGGAGAAAAGUCCAGACAAUGAAGAUUCUGGAGACUCUAAGGAUAUCCGCCUUACUCUUAUGGAAGAAGUAUUGCUCCUGGGACUAAAAGAUAAAGAGGGUUACACAUCUUUCUGGAAUGACUGCAUAUCAUCUGGUCUGCGAGGAGGCAUCCUGAUAGAGCUGGCCAUGCGGGGUCGAAUCUAUCUGGAACCCCCAACCAUGCGUAAGAAGCGACUACUAGACAGAAAGGUACUGCUAAAGUCAGACAGCCCAACAGGUGAUGUUCUACUGGAUGAAACCCUCAAACACAUCAAAGCAACGGAGCCCACAGAAACUGUCCAGACAUGGAUAGAGCUGCUCACUGGCGAGACCUGGAACCCCUUCAAAUUACAGUACCAGCUGAGAAACGUACGAGAGCGCAUUGCGAAGAACCUAGUAGAGAAGGGUAUUCUGACCACCGAGAAGCAGAAUUUCCUGCUCUUUGACAUGACUACUCAUCCAGUGACCAACACAACAGAGAAACAGCGGCUAGUGAAGAAGCUUCAAGACAGCGUACUAGAGCGGUGGGUAAAUGAUCCUCAGCGUAUGGACAAGCGAACACUAGCACUCCUGGUGCUAGCCCACUCCUCUGAUGUGCUAGAGAAUGUCUUCUCCUCUCUGACAGAUGACAAGUAUGAUGUGGCAAUGAAUCGAGCCAAGGACUUAGUAGAACUGGACCCCGAAGUGGAAGGGACAAAGCCUAGUGCCACAGAGAUGAUCUGGGCUGUGCUAGCAGCCUUCAAUAAAUCUUAAAGCCCGCAGGUGGGUUUCUCCUUUUCCCCUGCUGGCUGGUGACUGUCAGAGACCUCAUCACUGAGUUUUGUGUGAUGAGAUGUUUUCAUCAUUUUUGUUUCCUUUUCUUGAAUCAGACUUGUGAUUUGGAGAGAGCAACUUCUGGGCUUCUCCACAGACCUUGGCCAUUAAGAGCAGACCUUGUUUCUCCCCACACUUCCACUCCAUAGGUGAAUAAACUGAGAGAACCCACACACACCCCCAGCGAACGUUUCCGCCCAUUUCUUGGUUUAGCUUCAACAGUAUGCUUUUGGAUAAACAGAAAUAUCUAAAGGGGAUUUAGAGUUCUCCAGCUACAGAAUGUGAAGGAGAUAAAAAGCAAACCAUCUAUUAUAUUUUUCUAAGUUUAUUUUCUAUCUUAAAUACAUGUUUUCACAGUCUUUGUCUCUCAGACUCUGCUAAAUAAUGUAACUUUUUGAAAUAACUGUCGCUGAAUAAGGAGCAAUGAGAAACAAAACUAAUUUUUGUAGCAUAUGGUCUCUGAAAUUGUGUAUCCUGCUAGUGAUUUUCUCAUCUUUCCUUUUCUAACAACCUAAUGAGAAUGUCCCAGAUUCAAAUAACUGGACCUCAAAGUCCUGGAGCCAAAAAUACAUUCUCUCAUCCCUCUUAGCUUUAUCUUGUGCCCUUAUUCACUAAGGCAAAAGUCUAAAUGAAGGAAAAAAAGUCUGUCUCAACACCUCGUUCAUGCAGUCAACAUUAGAAUUUGUAAGGGAGGAAGGGAGGUGGCAUGGAAAUUUCCGUCUUUGGAGUACAUGACUGUCCCGUUUCCCCCAGUCCACUUUUUUUUGAGACAGGGUCUUGCUCUAUUGCCCAGGCUGGAGUACAGUGGUGCUGUCACAGCUGACUGCAGCCUUGACCUCCAGGGCUCAAGGGAUCCUCCUGCCUCAGUCUCCCAACUCGCUGGGACUACAGGCACAUGCCACCAUACUGAGCUCUUUUUUUUUUUUUUUUAAAUAGAGACAGGGUCUCGCUUUGUUGCCCAGGCUGGUCUUGAAUUCCUGGGCUCAAGCAGUUCUUCCACCUCAGCCUCCCAAAGUGCUGAGAUUACUGGCAUGAGCCACUGCACCUGCCCCUCCAGCUACUUUAAAUGUCUCUGCUCUGACUGAAUUGAAGGAAUUGUAAGUUUCAGUUGGUAAAUAUAUCAGUAUAUCUGAGCUCCAGAGCUUUUUCUUUCCUGUUUUUGGCUUCCUACGUAAAUUGAUCAAGUCUGUCUGUAUUUAAGGGUUCUGGGAGUAUUUUUGUCUGUAUUUAAUACACAGAUGUGCUCUAGUCAUCAGUCUUGUUUGUUUCAGUCUUGUUUCGGAGAUUCUGGCCAAAUCUCUAAUAAGUUUUUCACUUCAGUAGUGAGGGCAAUGAGAAGCUUUAUUAAGAAAGAUCCUAUUUAGAGGGCUAACUUGGUGUCAAAAGCAUGCUGAUAUCAAGUCCAGUAUUUAAGGAUAUAAGGAGGAUGGGCAUUGAGCUGCGCAUUUAUUACACUGUAGUGGGAUCAAGUCCAGUAUUUAAGGAUAUAAGGAGGAUGGGCAUUGAGCUGCGCAUUUAUUACACUGUAAUGGGAUCAAGUCCAGUAUUUAAGGAUAUGAGGAGGAUGGGCACUGAGCUGCGCAUUUAUUACACUGUAGUGGGAUAUGCCUCUUGACCAUUACAGAAUAACAGGCUGUCAGAGGGCUAAUACAGAUGACCCAGACCUGACAUUAAAUCCUCCUGAUUAAAGUAAUUCAGUGAAUGAUUUAUUCAUUUAUCUCCUCUGCCAAAUCUACUUAGUUCACAAAAAUUCCCCAACUCAAUUAACAUAUUUUUUUGUUUUUCCCUUUAGGUAUCUCUUAGGUGAAUAGAGAUAUAAAUUGUAAUGGGAAACAAACUCUAAAUGUGAGGCUGAAUAGAGCUGAAUAUUAGGCUGAAUAUUAGUCUGGCUCUCGAAUAGUACAAAAGCUGGUCCAUGUGUUGUCUCCACCUGAGUUAGCUUUUUCUUUUCCUUGAACAAUUCGGCAUGAAUUGAAACCAGGUUUUCCUGUGGAAAGUUUUAGCUUGACUGGGGGAUAGAAGUUGAAUUGAGUUCUUUCUUGCAACUCCUAGUGUUUAUUUUUAUAUUAUAUCUCAAUAAGACGAAGAUGUCUUCAGUUUGAAUCUGCAUAGUGCUCACUGCCAAACACCUCAUUUAACGCAUAUGGUCUUCACAUUUCUGUAUAAUAAAGAUCAAUUAUCAGCUC